AUGUCUGCAGCGCUGGUGCAAGAGAAUGAGCGGGUUUCACGAAGCGGUGGCGGCGGGCGGGCGGCUCUUCGGCCUUUCUGCGACGACGAGCAAGCGAGCGCCCUUCCGGAAGGCAGCCUGCGGGGCUCCCCUCCCCUCCCGACCGCCCCACGAGGUCGCCCAGCCGGAGAGAGGCGGGGGCCUCGCCAGCCCUCCUACGGCGAAGGUGGCUUUUGGAAGAGCGACCGGGGCCCUCGUUGCCAGGAGGUUCGGGCAGGCGUGUUCCUCAGGCCGAGGGAGGCCUCCGGGGAGGAUGGGAUUCGGAGGAGGAGGAGAAGGAACAGGCUUUCAGCCUCCCCGUCUCCGCCGGACCUCGGCGGCGACUGGGAACAGCAGGCGCUGGAAAGCCUCCCGGAGCGGGAGAAGGGAGGGCCGGCCGACGGGGACCCUCGAGGCCAGUCAACAGAAGGUGGAGAUGGCAAAACUUCUGAUGAGCAGCAAGAGAAGAAGCAGAAGGAAAACACAGCCUAUGCAAAAAAGAUGGUCCUUAGGAUAGCAGGGUUUAUGGGUGCUAGCAGCGGUAUAGCAGUUAUCUACAUCUUUGGUAGCAAUUCAGUGGAUGAGCACGGUGUAAAGAUUCCUGAUGAAUUUGAUAAUGAUCCAGUUGUGAUUCAGCAGCUCCGAAGGGCUUAUAAGUACUUCAAAGAUUACAGGCAGAUGAUCAUAGAGCCCACCAGCCCCAAGCUGCUUCCAGACCCCCUGAAGGAGCCCUAUUACCAGCCCCCUUACACCCUGGUCAUUGAGCUGACGGAUGUCCUCCUGCACCCCGAGUGGUCGUUAGUGACCGGCUGGCGCUUCAAGAAGAGGCCAGGCAUUGACAACCUGUUCCAGCAGCUGGCGCCCCUCUAUGAAAUCGUCAUCUUCACCUCCGAAACGGGCAUGACCGCCUUCCCCCUCAUAGACAACGUGGACCCCCACGGGUUCAUCUCCUACCGGCUCUUUCGUGACGCUACCCGUUACAUGGAUGGACACCACGUGAAGGACAUCUCCUGCCUGAACCGAGACCCCUCCAAAGUGGUGGUGGUGGACUGCAAGAAGGAGGCCUUCCGCCUGCAGCCCUUCAACGGGAUGGCCCUGAAGAAGUGGGAUGGGAACUCGGAGGACCGGACGCUCUACGACCUCGCCGCCUUCCUGAAGACUGUGGCCAUGAGCGGAGUUGAAGACGUCCGGACAGUGCUGGAGAACUACUCCUUGGAGGACGACCCACUGGAGGCAUUUAAGCGCCGGCAGUCCCAGCUGGAGCAGGAGCAGCAGCAACGUCUCUCGGAUCUCUCCCAGCACAAGAAGCAGCAGCUCUUUUUGGGCUCCCUGGCCAGUCGGCUGUGGCCCCGCUCCAAGCAGCAGUGACACCAGAGCCUUCGCACACAGCCCUACGGCCCACAGAUGGACUCCUCGGCCCGUCAGUCUCUGGCCGAACGGGAGAAAGGCAGUGAACACAAGGGGACACAGACUUUGGCCCAAAGAGGGCGCAGGGUGGGGGCCGCGGUCCCCUCGCCUUCCUGCUCUCCUCCCAGGCCAGGAGGGUGGCGUGCAGGGUUAUGCCCCUGUCCAGCAGAAGAGGAACCCAAGGGAAGAACGUGGGGCAGCCCCGACAGGCGACCCGGCCUCUCUGCACCCAAGGAAGCAUGGCUCACCAUCACAGCCCGCAGGAGAGGAUCUGCCCCGAGAUUGUCGCUCUGGGACCUGCCUUUCCCCACCCAUUCUCUCGCGCCGGCCAGACUCCACGGCAGUUCCAUUCGGGCGAAUGGAAACAAACGUUGCCAGCAGUACUCUCCAAUAAAUGGGUUGUCUUCAUAGCGACA